AUGCCGAAGAAGCAACAAACCAACAUCAAGAACUUUUUUGGCGCUGCCUCCGACAAGCCCAAGAAGAAGAAUCCUCAGACAAAGUUGGAUUCCUUCUUUUCAAAGAAAGGGGCUGCUGCUGCCGCUGCUGCGGAUAAAUCUCCAACAAACAAACGCAAAAAGAACGAUGUUUCCAAAACAUUUGGCAAAGAAAACAGCAACAGCGAGGAAGAGACUACCAAAAAGCUCACCAGUAAACGCAACAGCAAUGACAGGAAAAUAAAGAGCAAUGACAAUGACGCCUCGGCAAAAUCCAAGAAAGAAGCCUCCAAGCGUCGUCGACUCGCCAUUGAAGAUGAUUCUGAUGAAGAGCAAGAAUUUGUGGAUAACAGCAGCGUCAAGACAGACAAAGACGACAACUCACCAAUGGAAGAUGCGGAUGACAAGGCCAAAAACAACAAAACCAAUGACGACGCUGAUGAAGAUUCCAAGCCAGCCGCGAUGAAUGAUAAUGACAACAAGAAGAGCGCUGAAAAUACUGACGAAAAGGAUGACGAAGAGGAUGAUGACGGCGACGUCGACAUGCCAGACGCUGAUGGGAAAGACGAUUCCAAGCCAGAUACCGAAAAGCCAAAAGGUGAAGCCGCUGCCGCAACAGCCGAGAAAACAGCGACAAAGUCAGAAUCCGUCAAACCUGCCAGCAAACCAAAGGCGUCCAAAACUGACAACAAAGCAGGAACCGAUAGCUUGGAAUACAGCGAGCUUUGCGAUGUUUUUGACAAGAUUGAAGGCAUCUCGGGUCGGUUGGAGAUCCAAGCGAUCGUCACCGAUCUCGUGCGAAAGCAGAUUGACGAGGGAAAUGCUGACAGCCUCUUUGAACGCCUACGAGAUCUCACCUAUCUUUUGUGCAAUCAGGUGGCACCCGCAUGCGACAACGUCGAGUUGGGGGUAGGGGAUGCCAUCCUCAUCAAGGCUAUCUCGGAUGCAUACGGUACUCAAAAAGCAAUCGUCAAACAGAAAUACGAGGCCGAAGGCGAUCUAGGGUCUGUUGCGCAAUCCUCCAAAAAGAAACAAAAGACUCUGGGAAGUUUCUUCACGAGCAAUACCGUAACCAAGCCACUGACGUGCCAUGAGGUGCUCCAAACGUUGAAGCGCAUUGCUCAGACUAGUGGAAAGGACUCGCAAAAGAUCAAGACAGACAGCAUCAAAAAGAUGCUUGUCAAAGUCACACAGGGGAAAGAAUCACAGGCAAAAUUCAUUAUCCGGGCUCUUCAGGGAAGGCUACGAAUCGGGCUGGCGGAGAGCACCGUCCUGAAAUCUCUGGCCCAUGCUCUCGCACUGAGCGUCCCUCCCAAAGCCAAAGAUGCCAUGAAGGCUAUCAAGGGAGAAUCCAACGAGGACUAUCCUUCGGAAGUAAAAGAAUACCUCCUGAAGAAGUCGGCCAAAGACAAGAAAGGCAUGCUGGCGGCAGCUGAGGACAUCAUCAAAAAGGCAUACUCUGAAGUGCCAUCUUUCGAUAAACUCGUCGAGGCGGCGCUCACAGUACCUCUACAAGAAUUGCACAAGGAAUGCACGUUGACCCCAGGCAUCCCCGUUGUGCCGAUGCUUGCAAAGCCUACAAAGAGUGUGCAGGAAGUUCUCAAGCGCUUGAACGGGCAACGGUUCACGUUGGAGUACAAGUACGACGGAGAACGGGCACAAGUCCACAUACUCCAAGAUGGCAAGUCCAAAGUAUUCUCGCGCAACCUGCUCGAUACUUCGGAAAAGUACCCUGAAGCGACAAAAUACGUGGAAGAAGCAGCUGACGAUUCUGUGAAGAGCUGCGUGCUCGACACGGAGGUUGUGGCCUACGACCAGAAGAAAGACAAGUUGGUUCCCUUUCAAGUUUUGUCCACUCGUAAAAAAACAGAAGAUUCCGCUGACACAGCCACGGUGCAAGUCAUUGUGCAGGCUUUCGACCUGAUGUACCUCAAUGGGGAAUCCCUGUUGAGCAAAACACUGCAGCAACGUCGUGAUUUGAUGUACAAACAUUUCUCUCCCGUGACUGGCAAAUUCUGUUUUGCCGUCUCCUUGGACUAUGAAGAAGACGGUGAUAGUUCGCGCAUAGAGGAGUUCCUUGACCAGGCCAUCAAAGGACAAUGCGAAGGACUCAUGGUGAAGGCCCUUGACGGCGACAACGGCUACGAACCCUCCAAGCGGACCUUCAAUUGGCUCAAAUUGAAGAAGGACUACCUUGAAGGGAUGGGGGAUACGUUUGAUCUGGUCCCGAUUGGAGCUUUUUACGGCAAGGGGAAGCGAACAGGUUUUUAUGGAGCCUAUUUGUUGGCUUGCUAUGACCCAGAGACAGAGGAAUUUCAGAGUGUCUGCAAGAUUGGUACCGGUUUCUCGGAUGAGGAUCUCAAAUCUCUUGCUGAAUCCCUCAACGAACACAAAAUCCCCCAAAAGACCAGCCAGUACAAUGUCUCUGACCAGCUUGAAUGUGACGUUUGGUUUGAUGCUGUCCAAGUCUGGGAAGCCAAAGCUGCAGACCUUUCCAAAAGUUCUGCCCAUCGUGGAGCCAUUGGCAAGAUCGAAGAAGGACGUGGAAUUGGGCUUCGUUUCCCUCGUUUUGAACGGUUGCGAGACGACAAGAAGCCAGAUCAGGCAACGACGGCGGCCCAAGUUUUGGAAAUGUACUAUAAUCAAGACACCGUGAACGGAGGUGACGGGGAAGCAUCGGAUGACGAAGAUGGAAUCUAGAGUCAACAACUUUUUUGUGACAUGCCGAUAGAUAGCGCUACAGUAGACCUAGCCUUCAUAAACAGAUCCGCAAGCAAAACUCAAUCAAACACAACUAGUACUAGUACUUAUAGUCACAAGUCGC